UCUCUGGUCUUGUCAACGAGCUGAAGAUGUGAAGCUGCUGGCCUUUCAGGAGAAGCUGUUCAUUUCCUUCAAGGGUUUUGCAUGGCAGAGACACCAUUCACUGGCAGCAGCUAAGGAUUCCUGCUUUCUACAAAGAGAGAACUGCUCUGGGGUGCUGCAGCUAAAAGGAGCCCACUACACUGUGAGGGGGUCAGUGCUGGUGGACAGCCCUGGCUCAGGGGCUGUCCUCUACGUGAAGUCAGCCUGCUCUCCUGGCUAUCACGGAGUGAACUGCACAAAACGCUGCCUGCUUUGUCCUGGCUCCCAUCCCUGUAGUCCACUAAGUGGCCGAUGUGAAGAGGGUCUGCGCUGUGUCCGCAGGAUUGGGCCUUCCUGUCUCCAUGGCCUGGGUUGCAACCAUGGUGCAGAGACACAGCUGGACUGGGCUGAAUGACCUUGAUGGUGAUGGGAGGUGGACAAGUAUGGCUCAGCCCACAGAUCCCAGUGCACCCUGGUUGGCUGGGGUGCUGCUUACUCCCGGAGGCUGUCUGGGCAUUGGGCCCCCUGCCAGUCCAGGCCUUGCUGUAUCCAGUUGUUCAGUUCUCAAGCCCUGGGUCUGUGAAGGGCCAGAAGUUCCCCAUAUCCUCUGUCCGCUGGAUCCUGGGUGGAGGCAGUGGAAUGGCAGCUGCUACUACUGGGAUGCCUCACUGGUCCACACGUGGCAGAAGGCCCUGCAGGUGUGCCGGAGGUUCAGACGCACGGAGUUGCUGUACCUCAACUCCACCCAGGAGAAGGACUGGAUCUGUUCAAAUUUCCAGGGCCCUUUCUGGACAGGCCUUAAUGACCAGACACAUGAAUCUGUAUUUCAGUGGACCACACAAGAUCCCAUCAGCAGGCAACUCACAGAGCACCUGAGAGAUGACCUGGCUGAUGGUGGCCUGAAGGAUUGUGUGUGGCUGGACACAGGGACUGGACUUCUAAGGGACGCACGCUGUGAGGAGAGGAAGCCAUUCAUCUGCAAGUGCAACGAGGCCACCGAAUGGUUUGUGCUGCAGGUCAGUCAUGGUGUGGAAGGAGACCCUGCUUUGCUGCACCCCUCUGCCGAGAGCCUGGAGCAGGCGAAGCAGGAGUGUCUCAGCGAGAGGAGCGCAUGUGCUGCCGUGCUCCAUGCAGGGACUAAAUUCUACCUGCUCAGCAGCCUGAGCAGCACCAGCCCACGGGAAAACUCAACACUCUACGUGCAGACCAUAUGCGCCAAGGGGUACAGCGGCCAGCACUGCCACAGGUACAGCGCCCCUCCAGAGCAACCAGCAUGUGACUGUAGUGGCCGAAUCCGGACAUCGGCCACACGAGUGUGUGGUAUCCCUGUGCAAAGCUGUGUUGACUACUGUCACCGCACAACUGGCCGUGAUGACUGCUCCCUGUGCCUGCCCCUCUGCUCUGACUCCAGCCUUGAAAUCUUGGACCCCAACGAACUGACCAUGCUCUUCAUGGUGAAGUCCCAGUCCAUCAACCUCACUUCAGAAAAUCAGCGCAAUCCAGAAAAUGCAUCUAAAAUCAUCUAUGAUAGCAAAUUCCCAUGAGAGAGCACAGCAUGGAGCACUUCAGGUGCUCUGCUCUUUCCAAGGUUCUCCCAUUUGUUUUCUUUCAGCCAGUUUUUGUACUGCAGUUUGUGAACAAGCAAGGUCAAUGUUGUGGC